GCCAUCAAAAGUGUUUUCGGAAAUAUGAAUCAUCGUGUUUUGACAAAAAUUCUUGAGCGAUUAGUCAAACCAACACCACCAGGUUUAAAUCGGUUUACUGUGAAGCGCGCUUCUGAAUUUCAAGGCCGCGAAAGACGAUAUCGUUAUUUCUCCCUUGAUGGUUACAUAAAGUUUGCUACUUCUAAUGGAAUGGCAUUAGAAGAGGGUGUGCAACAACUUCCAGAAAAUCAAUCAUCCCCAAUGUAUAUUCAUGACCCGUUAUGGGGUGUGGAAUUUCUUCAGGAUGGUGAAGAAGAAAAGGAUACGGACUUUUUGCAAUCUCAGGAGUGCAGGGAUCGACGUAAAAGAAAAAAGGAAAAAUGGCGGAUGACUCAAGCUGACGUUAAUAAAGCUAUACCUCAAGAACCACCUAUUAAAAGAAAAAGAGGACGCCCACGAAAAAUUGUUGAUGGCGAAAAACCUGCCGUACCAAAAGGCAAGAGUGGGAGACCGAAAGGAAGCAAGGACAAAAAACCUAGAAGACCACCACGAAAAAAAAUGCGAACCGUUCAAGAUGAGGAUGGAAAUGAACUUAACGACAUACAUUUGGAAGAUGUUUGUAUGGAAUUCAAUGAUCUGCCAUCCUCUAACGUUGAAAUGACAGAUGCUCAAAAUCCCAUAUCGUUAAAUGGAUCCGAUUGUAUGGAAUCCAAUGAUCUGCCAUCCUCUAACGUUGAAAUGACAGAUACUCAAAAUUCCAUAUCAUUAAAUAGAUCCGAUUGUAUGGAAUCCAAUGAUCUGCCAUUCUCUAACGUUGAAAUGGCAGAUGCUCAAAAUCCUAUAUCAUUAAAUGGAUCCGAUCGUAUUGAAUCCAAUGAUCUGCCAUCCCCUAAUGUUGAGACGACAGAUGCUCAAAAUCCCCUAUUAUUAAAUGGAUCCGAUUGUAUAGAAAUUUCAUCAACUAACACCAAUUGUGAAAAUCGGACAUCACGGGCUUCUAAAAAUGUUACCAGGAAACGGAAAAAACCUGCAUCAAAUAAUAAAUCUGAACCUGCAAUUAGAAAGAAGUUUGCAAACUCUGCUUCAAUUACAGCGACGCUAAGACAGAAUAUAAUAUUGCAAAUUUUAGAAGAACACCAAGUUGUGGAACUCGGUACCGAACUCAUAAAAUUAUAUCAACAAACACUGCAAAGGGAACCAAAUAGUACGACUAGUCACGUAAUUGAUAAGAAAACUCUUCAACGUACUGGUUUAUUAAUGGAAGAAAAAGGUCUUAUUCGGACCUAUAAUGUGAAAUUGCCCUUAUUAAAUGGUAGCUUUAACACUAAAGUCCUUUUUCUCCAUUCAAGUUUGACAUCUUCAAGCCCGAUAGUGAAAGAAUAUGUUGCAAAAAUGGAAGAUAGAACUAUGCUUGUUGGCAGAUCCCAUAAGCCAACUAAGAUUGAAGAAUUAGAUAUAGAAGUUGAACCUCUAGAGCAACUUCAAAAACGUCUUGCAGUUGAAGCUGCAGCUGAUGAAUCAAUUAAUCUACUUAACUUACCAACAUUCAAUAAUAAUGAAUCUGAAUCUUAUGAAGCACUCAUGUCUAAUAUGUCAUCAACUGUUGAUCCUACAUCAGCUUCACCUGAUACACCUGAAACGCCUUACUCAGCCUCAGUCAAAUCUCGUGUACAGACUUCUAAUGAAAUGUGGUGGCUUCAUACAGCGCGUGGUUAUGGGUGGAUUAAUGCUAAAAUGAUUCGAGCAAAAAUAUUGCAUCAAUAUUUAAUUACUAAAAUUAUUGAUGCAUCUCCUGAUGAUUCUUAUAUUGAAAAAAGCACGAGAACAUUUCAUACAACAAUCCUUCUUCGUGAUCUUCCGCUUGAGUUAUAUCUUAAAAUCAUUGGGCAAUCAAUUCCGAGUCAUCGACUGACCGAGUAUGUUCGUUCUGGACAAAGCCUGUCAGUGAGCGUUAUUAACCUUCCAUCAGAAUUACGUGCAGAACUUUUUUCUGGAAAUUAUAAAUUAAGACAAAAUCUAAAAAAGUUAAUCGAUAUCCUCGUAGCUUUGAAAAUUCUAAAACCAAUUAGAAGAGGUUUUAAUGAACGUGGUGAUCCUGUUUUUGAGGUUGAAAAUGAAUCAAAUGAUUUUGAAGAUGAAUUAGCUGGAUGGUCACAGAGUGCGCCAACACCAUGUAGUCCUCCACAAACUCUUUUGGCAUCAGCGUAUCAAUUAAUGCGUCAUGUUCCAAUGAUUGACUUCUCAGUUUCAGGUCCAGAUAGACCAAUUAUCAGAGAUUAUAUGCUUGAUUCAGUUGAAGAUGUGACAAUUUAUUGGAAUGAAUUGCAAUAUGUUGCACGGCAAAAAAUGGUCGAGACAGGGAAUAAAAGUAAUAAUGAACUUAGUGGUGAUGAAGAAACUUUUAAAUCUCGAAAAAAAGCAGCACAAGAUGAUGAUUCUUUAGAUCCUUUAAGAUUUAUUACUUUGUCAC